GCUAGUAAAAAGCUAACUUAAAUAAAUUUUGUCUCAAAAUGCCAGUUUCUGAUCUUAUUUCAAGUAAGGUGUUGUACUUAAAUCUAGAACAGUGUCACAUUUUGGAACUCAAAAUAAGUUAUAUACACUUAAAACAAAGAGUGUGAUGUUGGAAGGUUUAAAAAAAGAAGCUACUUUUGAGGGGAAAAUGCUACUUUUGAGCGUCACAAACUUAUUAUGAGACACAAACUUCACAACACUAGUAAAAUAUAGCUAAGAAUGAGUUUUUCUGGCUAAUUUCAAGAUCUUGUAAGGCUUAUUAAACUGUCUUAUUUCAAGAAAUCUUGUCAAGAGAAUUUUCACUUGUUUCAAGCUAAAAUAUCUUGUAUUAAGUUUUUUUUUCUUGUUUUUGGAGGGCCAUUUUUUCCAGUGUAGGGAGAUGCACUGAGGCCCACAGUCAAAAUAUUAUUUAUGAGACCAGCUUCUCCAUAUUAAACCUAUCAGAAAUGCUGUCAUUUGUGUGAUUCAGGGCCCCUGGGCUGAGAGUAUGAUGCACGAUGCCAUGGAAAGAGGUCACUGGGUUUUUUUUCCAGAACUGUCAUCUGGCACCAAGCUGGAUGCCUACCCUGGAGAGACUUAUUGAAAACAUCAACCCACUAAAGGUGCACAAGAACUUCCGCCUGUGGCUCACAAGUCUUCCCAGCAAUAAGUUCCCGGUGUCUGUUCUGCAGAAAGGUUCCAAGAUGACCAUUGAACCUCCAAGAGGCAUCAAGGCCAACCUACAGAAAACCUACAUGAGGCUCACUAAUGAUUUUCUCUCCUCUUCCACCAAGAGACGAAAGUUUGGCCCUUUGGGCUUCAACAUUCCCUAUGAGUUCACUGAUGGCGACCUGAACAUCUGUAUCAGCCAGCUCAAAAUGUUCCUGGAUGAGUACCAGGACAUCCCAUACAAGGUUCUAAAAUACACUGCAGGGGAGAUUAAUUAUGGUGGCCAUGUGACAGAUGACUGGGACAGACGAUGUCUGCUCAGUGUGCUGGAGGACUUCUAUUGUCCUGCUGUCCUCAGUAGUGAUCACGUCUACUCUGCAUCUGGAGUCUACCAGCAAAUAGACACAAAACUGGAUAUCAAGGGUUAUUUGGCAUACAUUUGUGGUUUGCCCAUCAAUGACACACCUGAGAUCUUUGGUCUCCAUGACAACGCUAACAUCAGCUUUGCUCAGAAUGAGGCCUUUGCCUUGUUAGAAGCUGUGGUUCGUCUCCAGCCCCGAGCUACAUCUGCUGGGGGCAAAACUCUUGAGGAGAUAGUGAAGGAGAUAGUGGCAGGCAUCGUUGAAAAGAUCCCUCCUCCUUUUGACAUUGAAGAAGUGAUGGAAAAAUACCCGGUGCUCUACGAGGAGUCCAUGAACACUGUGCUCAUCCAGGAGGUCAUCAGGUCUCAGAGAUACUGUGAAGGCUUUGAAAGGUUCAGUGGUGAUGUCAUCAGCGCUCGAGCUUAUGGCCCGCAGCUUAUUCAACAAUGCGGUGCCUGAUAUGUGGCAAGGCCUACGCGUCUCUGAAGCCUCUGGCCUCCUGGGUGUCAGACCUGCUUCAGAGGAUCAAUUUCCUACAGAGAUGGAUCUCUAACGGCAUUCCACCUGCGUUCUGGAUUAGCGGCUUCUUUUUCCCGCAGGCUUUUCUCACCGGAACCCUCCAGAAUUAUGCCCGUCGCUCCGGGACCUCAAUUGACACGAUUGGAUUUGACUUUGAGGUCAGACCGUAGGCUGCCUCACUAGCAGCAAUGUUUUAAAGAACAGUCUUACAGAUUUAGAACAUUGCUUCGUAUCUGUAUGUAUAUAAAGUGCUAUAUUCAUAAUGACUUUACCCCCCAACCCUAACCCAGGUUUUCAGUGGUCUUGACCUACCUACUGUUUU